GACGUUCCAUCUUCAGAGCAGCCUGAACUGUUCCUAAAGAAACUUCAACAGUGCUGUGUCAUUUUUGACUUCAUGGACACGCUUUCAGACCUUAAAAUGAAAGAAUACAAGCGCUCCACUCUUAAUGAACUGGUGGACUACAUUACAAUAAGCAGAGGCUGUUUGACAGAGCAGACUUACCCUGAAGUAGUUAGAAUGGUAUCUUGCAAUAUAUUCAGAACUCUCCCACCUAGUGACAGCAAUGAAUUUGAUCCAGAAGAAGAUGAGCCCACCUUGGAGGCAUCGUGGCCACAUUUACAGCUUGUAUAUGAGUUUUUCAUACGAUUUUUGGAAAGCCAAGAAUUUCAGCCCAGCAUUGCCAAAAAAUACAUAGAUCAGAAAUUUGUAUUGCAGCUGUUGGAGCUGUUUGACAGCGAAGACCCUCGAGAACGAGACUACCUGAAAACAGUCUUGCACAGAAUUUAUGGCAAGUUUCUGGGUCUUAGAGCAUUUAUCCGAAAACAGAUUAAUAAUAUUUUUCUACGAUUUGUUUAUGAAACUGAACACUUCAAUGGCGUAGCUGAACUGUUGGAAAUUUUAGGAAGUAUUAUCAAUGGGUUUGCUUUACCUCUUAAGGCAGAGCAUAAACAGUUUCUGGUGAAGGUUCUGAUCCCUUUACAUACUGUCAGGAGUUUAUCACUCUUCCAUGCACAGCUGGCGUAUUGCAUAGUACAGUUUCUGGAGAAAGACCCUUCACUCACGGAACCAGUCAUUAGAGGUUUAAUGAAAUUCUGGCCAAAAACCUGCAGUCAGAAAGAGGUCAUGUUCCUUGGAGAGCUGGAGGAAAUCUUGGAUGUAAUUGAACCAUCACAAUUUGUCAAAAUCCAGGAACCCUUGUUUAAACAAAUUGCCAAGUGUGUUUCUAGCCCUCAUUUUCAGGUGGCCGAAAGAGCACUGUAUUAUUGGAAUAAUGAAUACAUCAUGAGUUUGAUAGAGGAGAAUUCAAAUGUUAUACUUCCCAUAAUGUUUUCCAGCCUUUAUAGGAUUUCUAAAGAACACUGGAAUCCGGCUAUUGUGGCUUUAGUCUACAAUGUGUUGAAGGCAUUCAUGGAAAUGAACAGCACCAUGUUUGAUGAGCUGACAGCCACUUACAAGUCAGAUCGUCAGCGUGAGAAGAAGAAAGAGAAAGAACGUGAAGAACUGUGGAAAAAACUGGAGGAUUUGGAAUUAAAGAGAGGUCUUAGACGUGAUGGAAUAAUUCCAACUUAACAAAAAAAAACAAAACAGCAUUAUUAACCUGUGGAGUCACACAUUUAUGUAGUAGAAGAUGGAGCAACAGUUUUCUGUAUUGUGCAACUUUACAGUAGAUUUCACAUUUGUUUCAUUAUUACAACAGCACUGUAUAUACCUGUCUCUAAGUAAAGGAAAAAAAUAAGGACUUUAAUCCAAAGUUUGGACAGCAGAUGGACUUCUCAGAACUUUGCAAACAUAGUCAUUGUUUUAACCCUUCUUUAAAACCAGUCUUCAAAGAUCUGUUGAUGAAAAUUGCGAUGUCAAAUUCCAUUGUCAGGACCUGUUCCUUAUUUAUCGUUAGCAGAGAGUAUAAUACAACUUUCAAAUGUGAACAAUCUUAAAAUUUAGCUUGUCUUUCUGCUAAACUGUUAAGUGUAUUUAUAGUAAAAGAGAAAAAAGACUGUCAUUUCCUUAUGAGUUUGUGUAACAUCCUCCUUCUCUGGAUAACUUUACUGUAAUUUGACUUUUUUUUUCCUUUUGCACAUCUUCAUAAGUUGAAUGUCCAUUCAGAUCAGGGCCAUGAAAAACAUAGGUCCUGAAUAAAAGUUUUGUUUACUGGUGUGAGCAUUUUUUUUAGUACCAGGCUGUCUCUGGUGCUUCCUUAAUUUGAACAUUAGGAGUUAAAAAAACAAGUAGGUGAUAAACAUAGUAGGCAAGGGAGCUUUGGAUUUGUGCACCGAUUUAUUGCAGAUCCAAAUUAGUGUCCACAAUCCUUUAAAAACGGUCAGUGGUAACACCCUGGACUUCAGUACCUAACCAGUAUUAGUGAUGUGGCAUUGGACACGCAUACCGGAAUUGUUUUAGAAAUACUAAUUGCUAAAUUAUUACAGUAUGUUUUUAUUGGACCAUUUUGAAAGAAUAAAGACAAAUGCUAAACAGCGUGAGCAUGAAAUUAGUCUCCAGUGGUCAUGGAUCUAAUUGGAAAUUGAGUUGAGAUAGCAGUUUGGACUGUUUGGAGUUGUUGCCUUACUUUUUAAUAUGUAUUUAUAAAGUGUUCCAGCAAAAGAGGAUGUAGCCUCUAAGAAACAUACUAUAGUGUUUUUGUGGUUCUAGUACUAUUAUUCAUCACAGUACCAGCCCUAUGGUCUUAGCUGGAAAGGAUUCUGGGUAAUAUACUUCUGCAUUCUCAUCUGGAUGCUCAUUCCUAACUACUGUAUUUGUUACCAAAAGUGGUUCUACAAAUGCUACUGAAAAAAAUUCUGGAAAUCCUAAUGUUCUGAGUAUUAAUAAUAAAGUUUAAAAUGCUUUUAUAUCAAA